GAAAGGGGUGAGGGCGCACCAGCAUGGCGUUCCGGGCAAAGACCGCAGUGUGGAGGGCAGGGCCUUGGCUGUCCCUGCACAGGGCACGCACACUGGGCACCAGAGCUGCUCAGGCCCCCAAGAAGGUGCUGCCCUUCGAAGCCAUACCCCAGUGUCCUGGCAACAAGUGGAUGCGGGCGCUGCAGAUCUGGAGGGAGCACGGCUCCGAGAACAUGCACCUGGACAUGCAUCAGACCUUCCAGGAGCUGGGACCCAUUUUCAGGUAUGACGUGGGAGGGAGGCGCAUGGUAUUCGUGAUGCUGCCCGAAGACGUGGCGAGGCUGCAGCAGGCGGAGAGCUUUCACCCUCAGCGGAUGCUCGUGGAGCCCUGGCUGGCCUACCGACAGCACCGUGGCCUCAAACGUGGCGUGUUCUUGCUAAACGGGCCCAAGUGGCGCUCCGACCGGCUGCAGCUGAAUCCGGACGUGCUGUCACUGCAGGCCGUGCAGAAGUUCGCGCCCCUGGUGGACGAGGUGGCCAGGGACUUCUCCCAAACCCUGAGGGCGAGGGUGGUGCAGAACGCCCGGGGGAGCCUGACCCUGGACAUCAAGCCCAGCAUCUUCUGCUACACCAUCGAAGCCAGCAACUUAGUCCUUUAUGGAGAGCGGCUGGGCCUCCUCGGCCACAACCCGAAUGCUGACAGCCUGAACUUCAUCAGCGCGCUGGAGGCCAUGUUCAAGUCCACAGUGCAGCUCAUGUUCCUGCCCAGGAGCCUGUCACGCUGGACAAGCACCAGCAUAUGGAAGGAGCACUUCGAGGCCUGGGACUGUAUCUUCCAGUAUGCCAACAAAGCCAUCCAGAGACUCUAUCAGGAGCUGACCCUUGGCCGCCCGUGGCGCUACAGUGGCGUCGUGGCAGAGCUGCUCAUGCAUGCAGACAUGACCCUGGAUGCCAUCAAGGCCAACUCCAUCGACCUCACUGCCGGGAGCGUGGACACGACAGCCUUUCCCUUGUUGAUGACUCUCUUUGAGUUGGCUCGGAACCCGGAUGUGCAGCAGGCCGUUCGCCAGGAGAGCCUGGUGGCUGAGGCCAGGAUCUCUGAAAAUCCCCAGAGGGCAACCACGGAGCUGCCACUGCUAAGGGCUGCCCUCAGGGAGACCUUGAGGCUGUAUCCCGUGGGUAUCACCGUGGAGCGACGGGUGAGCUCAGACUUGGUGCUGCAGAACUACCACAUCCCGGCUGGGACUUUGGUGAAGGUGCUACUCUACUCCCUGGGUCGAAAUGCAGCCGUGUUCGCCACGCCCGAGCGCUACCAUCCCCAGCGCUGGCUGGACCACCAGGACUCUGGCGUCAGGUUCCCACACCUGGCCUUUGGCUUUGGUGUGCGCCAGUGCCUGGGGCGGCGCCUGGCAGAGGUAGAGAUGCUGCUCCUGAUGCACCAUGUGCUGAAAAACUUCCUGGUGGAGUCACUGGUGCAAGAGGACAUCAAGAUGGUCUACCGCUUCAUAUUGAUGCCCUCCACCCUCCCACUCCUUACCUUCCGGGCCAUCAACUAGUCAUGUCGCUGCACUGUCGGGCUGGCUCACAGCAGGCCUGCUGCCAGGACCGUGCACUACUCUCAACCCCAUCCGGCACUGCUGAAGGGGACUUGGAGAAUCCCGGAGCAGAGAGGAGGGAAGUUCCAAGCACAAGAUGGAGCCCUGCCUUAGCACGUGGGCUCAGCCCUCAAUCCCGCUGAGACUCACCCUCUUCACGU